AUGAAACCGCUAGAAGUGGGCGAGCUCGAAUUAGCGUGCUCAUUUGACUACCGCGCCCCAGUUCAUAGCAUGGAGGAGCGUCAUUUAUUCCUCGCUUCGUUAGGAGCGCGUGUCGACCACCUGUGUUCCGAUGACGUGGUCCUUGAUGCGGUUUCUGGGGGCCACGAAGACGUCCUCGCGUCAGACCUCGGGAAAGCCGUGUUGGCAACUGAGUCAUUUGCUGGACACAGUGACGUGUCGCGCCUGAGUGUCGCAGCAUCGUGCAUGUACGCAUUCGUGUCGUCAAACUGGUUCCACGCGACGGAGCGGAAACUCGUCGCUCGACUCGACCUACUCGACAUUUGCGACGAAUUGCUGACGAGUGUGUCUCACUUGGAAACGUGUCGAUGGUGGCGAUUGCGUGCGAUGCACUUGCGGUUGUUUGCCGAGCCGGAUGUGAGUGGCGCCGCGUUGGACGCCAAGGUGGCGUUUUUGCAGGGCCUGGAGGCGGAGUUGCCGACCUUCGCCGCCGAGUUGGAGUUUCCACUGGCGACGAGUCUCUUGCGGUUGGAGAUUGCCAAUGUUGUGAAGCGGCUGGGGUUUUUGUCGUGGUACAGGAAAUUGUUGCUUGCUGCUCAGACGGACGCGGGAUUCACGUUCAACCUGGAUGCAGCCUGGGGCAAGCGUACCAAGUUCCAGGUGGAUCCGAAACUCCAGUUGAUCAUCGCCGUGGACGACGAGCCUUCCGUCGAGUGUCCUCAGUUUCCGGAUUGCGGGCCCACGCUGAAGGACUGCAGUUUGAACGACGACCUGUUGCUCGAACAAGUUCAGCUGGAGCCCGGAGAAAAGGUGCGACGGAAACUGAACCAAAUGGAGCAGCUGUUGAUGCUGUGCGAGUGCGUGCGGAUACGGAGUGCGGAAGCGAGUGACAUCCUGUUGGACGAGAAAACUGUGCCCUUUUUGAACGCGGCCCUGGAAGACGGGUCCCCGUGGUUUGUUAGGUACUCGGCGUUCUACCUGAGAUCCAAGAUGGAGUCGAGACACAGUCGAAGAGUGGAGAGGGCCUUGGCCCAACUGCAGCUUCUAGUCGGAGACACGAAACCAAAGCAGUUUGCGCUGUUCUUUUCGACGCCGGUGCCGGAGCGGUCGGAAGUGUGUCGUCUCCUGGGCGACGUUUACGUGUCCCUGGGGCUCAUGAAAAGUGCCUUGGAAGUGUUCUUUUCUGCGGGGAUGUGGAAGGAUGCUGUUUUGUGCCACGUGGCGGUGGGGAAUGCGAGGAUGGCCGAGGACUUGGCGCGGGAACUUCUGGCUGAGGAGGAAACGCCCGACGCCUGGUGUUUGGUGGGCUGUGCGACGAAGAAGGCGGAGGACUUUGAAAAGGCCUGGGAGCUGAGUGAGGGACGUUGUGUGGAGGCCAAGCGAUGUCUCGGCAACAUUAGUUUCGAGAGGAAGGAGUUCGAAGAGAGUUUGAAACAUUACCAGGAUGCUUCGAAUGUGACUGGCAUCGAUUUUGGGAUAUGGUUCAGAUUAGCGUAUUCGGCAUUAGCUUUAGAGAAAUGGGAAGAAGCAGCCCGAGCCUACAGACAUUGCCUGAACCUGGACUACGACUCGUUCGAGUGUUGGAACAACCUGGCCCGAUGUCAGUCCGAGAUGGGCGACAAGGAGAAAGCCUGGCGGAGUAUAUCAGAGUGCGUGAGGUUUGCCUACGACGAUUCCAACGUGUGGUCCAACUUCAUGUUGCUGAGCUACCAGACGGGGAGGGUGCAGGACUUUAUUCGUGCUGCAAACCGGUUGCUGGACUUGACCGGGAAAUGCGCCAAUGUUGAAAUGUUUGAGGCCGUAGUGGAUCUUUUGUUGAACACUGACGCGCUUUCGGAUGAAUUUACGAAUCCAAAGAAGGUGCUGGCAGAAAUGAGGACGCUUUUGGCGCGUCUAGCCAACCAUUGCGCAAAAGAGCCAAAGUAUCACAAGCUUCUCGGCGAC